GGCGCAGAAGAAAUGUUGUGUGUGCAAGUACAUCUGCGUCGGUCAGAGUCUCGGGGAGAGGUUCCGCGGGAACCGCAUGUUGAAGUGCCUGUUCUGCGGCCAUGAAUUCCGGGGAAACCCGUACGUGGCGGCACGACAUUUCAGGCAGGGGAAAGGGUGUCCCGUCAGUGAUCGACGAGGCGCUGGUGGACAUACACUACAACUCGGACAACAAGCUGGAGGGCAAGAUCCUUGACCGCAUGCUUCGGUUGGAGGAGCUUCACGGUCCGACACCUCCUAUGGAUCCGCGCAGGGACGAGGGAGGGGCGGGAGGAGUUGGACAAGAGAGGGGUGACGAGGACGUGAUCGACGUUGACAACAUGACGAGGCUGAGCGGGCCGCGCGGCCUGGGCCGUCCACGAGGGACAAAGGGAAGGACGUCGUUCACGAGCUGUGGGGCCAGCAAGGCCGUUUCUUUAAGGAUGCGCAUGUGUCGGCUCGCUCUCGAGCGCAGCGGGAUGCCGAAGACGCGGCGACUGCUGGCUCCUUUCUAUGUGACGGGGGCGACCAUCAUGUCCGAUGGCAGGAAGUCGCGGGAUGCGAGGCCGAUCGUUAACUUCCUUGCCGGCGGGUCGCGCGGAGUGAUGAUGGUGGGGACAAUGAACAGGGAGGGCGAGAGAGACCAGGCGGCUGACGUUUUGGCGCACUGGAUCAAGGUGUUUGAUGACUUUCCUCCUCGGUGGGUGAAUGCCAUCUGCACGGGCUCUGCCUCUGCUUACGUCGCUGCGACAAACAUGAUAAAGGGGCCUGAACAGAGGCCAGAGAUUGGACGGAUCACGUGGCUGUCGUGCGCAGUGCAUGUCUAUAACAAAAUGUUGUCAGAUAUUGGCUUGUCAAGCCCGUGGUCGAAGGACAUUAUUGUGCGUGGGAGAGCGGUGGUGCGCUUCAUUAAGGAGCACGACGCCGCUCUGCACAUCUUCAGGGAGGAGAGCACGCAGAUGGGGCUUGUUUAUCCCUGUGAGACACGAUUCGGCUCUUUGUUCGCCAUGAUGGAGCGUUUGUUGGCAGUCAGUAGCGUUGCUCAACUGGCUCGGUGGGUGAGGUGGCAUGUGUGGCAUGAUCCUUGGUGGGAUUCCAUGGGUGUCCUUGUCCGCAUCGUGGAGCCCGUGUACGACAUGCCUCGUACGUUGGACCGAGAAGGGUUGCACAUGUCGCGGAUUGUGCAGUGGACGCAGGAUGUGACCCGCGAUAUGGCACGCGAGGUCCGCGCACUUCCAUCGGGCGUUGCACACUUCAUUAUGCUGAAGGUGCAGGCUCGGUGUGUUGACCUGUUAGAGCCUGUGCACGCCGUUGCUCACCUUCUCUAUCCCAGUCGCAGAGACUUGAGGUACUACGAGGGCGUCGUCAACGACUACGAUGCGAGACUUGUACGGGAGGCAGAGAUGUACAUUCUCACACAGACUGGGUUUAGUGUCGCGAGCCCGGAUUACGAGGCUGCAUGUGCCCAGCUCCGCGACUUCCACACACGGAGAGGGGGGAUUGAGUGGGUGGGGAGGGACAAAGACAUGGAGGCGCAAAGGUGUACCAACGACGUGGAGACGUACGAGGCCAGUUGUUGGUGGUCAAAGUGGGGACAGUGCGCCCCGCAGCUGCAGGCCAUCGCUCUUCGUAUCAUGUACAUGUGGACAUGUUCCUCUUCCGCAGAGAGGAGCUGGGCCGUCCACGAGGCUGUGCACACGAAGAAAGCGCAACAAGCUCGAGUUCGAGAAGGUUGCAAAGUUGGUCGAGAUCUCGGCGAACGUCCGCCUUCUCUCUCAUCAGCGAGCUGGCCGCGGUUUUGCAUUGCCAUGGACGGUCGACGAGUGCAUGUUGGAUAUCGAGCGAGGCAUCGGGACUCAGCCGUCGUGGCAGGGGACGGACCCCAACAGGUCGCAGGAGGACCGGGGGAGGCAGAGACACAUGACGACAGUGGUGACAAGGGCCCUAAGAGGGGGGAGGAGCGGGCGGGACUUGCAGACCAUCCCGCAGGAGGACCGGGAGAGGGUGAUGAGUGGAGCGACCCGGAGGAGGUCCAUAGACGUAGUGGCGGGGGCGAUCUUUUUGGUGGAGGUGACGGGAACCCUUUUGAGCGAGAGAAGCCUUCGUCUCCGGGGCCACAUUCUGUCGAUACGCAGGCGGUGCACGACUCUGCGCGUUCCAGGGGGGCAGAGUCAGCUUGCGGUGGCGGUAUUGCAGGGCAGCAUCCCGACCAUUUACGCAGUGAGAUGGCUUCAUCUGGCGUUGUUCCCCCUCCGUCAGGUGAGCUUCAUCAAGGUUCGCCCCCGAGAGGGCGAUUGCAUAGAUUGGUGAAGGGGCCGAGACAACGAUUAGAGGAGAGAUUGGUGGGUGGUCAUUCAUCGACUAAGAGGGUCGAGAGAGUUGUGGAGAGGCCGACUCGUCGACGUACUCCUCCGUUCGGAGGAGAUGGACGUAGUCCAAUUCAAGAGGCGGUUGAGACGGAGGGUGUUGGGGGGGGUGGUGAUGACAGGGUGUCGAUGGGCGGCGACGGAGGUUUUAGUCAGUCUGGUGAUUUGGGACCGCCUCCCGGAGAGAGCGAUUCUUGGGGGGACGUGUCUACCGGCAUGCAGGCCGUUUUACAACAGAUCAGCGCUACGCAGCCGAAGACUUUCACCCCUACCAUGCACAGAGCAUUAGGAGCGUCGCCAGCGGAGGAGUUCGCCCGUCUAGCGGCGGAGGAGCGACAGAGACAGUUGGGGACGUUUACGGAGAUGCCCCCUUACACACAUGCGGCUGGCCACGUCGAUCAGAGGAAAGAGAUUCACUAUGAGACGCAGGGGGAGGCAGCUGUGCCGGCAGCUUCGGCAGGGACGCAGGGGGAGGCAGCUGCAGGCCAGGGGACAUCAGCAGGGUUGCAUGGGGAGGCAGCCAGCAGCGGCGACGGCAGAGCCGGAACGGGUGGAGGCGAGGCAGCUGGGAUGCCGGGGGAGGCAAAGGGGUUGAAUGCGACUGCGGUCACUACACCAGGCGACCCGGGUUUGGAGGACAUAUAGACGGGUCAGUCAAUGGGCGUUGAUGAUGAUGCACCAUUGGCAUGGGCAGAUACGAUAUCGCCGACCACGAGGGUGGGGGGGGAUGUUGGGGGCGACACUGUUGUUGGGGGGGUAGAGGAGCGAGUCCAUGGUGAUCCGAUGUCAUUGGUUGAGGGCGGUCGCCAUGCAGAGGUUGAUGGCGGGGUCGGACAGAGACAGGAGGCGAUCGGUACGCCUGACAGAGAGAGGCACGAGGCGUCUCGGAGUUUGAUGGUCCGCACGGCCGUGGGGCCGAUGGUGCGACAUGAG